GGCCUCCCUACCGAGCAUAAGAGAGUUUAGCAUAAAGAAUAUCACACUUGCUUGUCACAAAGCUAGACUUGCCUUGCUACCAUGAAACGUAUGCGCUUCCUCCUCCACCUCCUCCACCUCGGCCUGAGCCUUGCCAUCUUGUGCACCGGCGAUGACCAGGAUCAAUUCGUCUACUCCGGCUUCCACGGCACGAACUUUACCAUGGACGGCGUCGCAGCGGUCACGGCGGACGGCAUGCUCGAGCUGACCAACGGCACGCUCCAACGCAAAGGUCACGCGUUCUACCUGACGCCGGUGCGCCUUCGCGACUUUGCCAACGGGACGGUGCAGUCGUUCUCCACUUCCUUUGUGUUCGGCAUCAUCUCCGACCACGUCGAGCUGAGUGCGCACGGCAUGGCGUUCGUGGUUGCCGCCAGCAGGGACUUCUCCACCGCUUUGCCCAGCGGGUACCUGGGCCUCCUCAACGUCCAGAGCAACGGCAACGCCAGCAACCGCCUUUUCGCCGUCGAGCUCGAUACGAUGCAGAACGACGAGUUCCGCGACAUCAACGACAACCAUGUAGGCAUCGACAUCAACAGCCUUCACUCAGUGCAGUCCUACCCUGCCGGCUACUACGACGACGGCAACGGUGACUUCCGCAACUUGACCUUAAUUAGCGGUGAGGCCAUGCAGGUUUGGGUGGACUACGACGCAGAAGCCACACAGAUCAGUGUGGUUAUGGCGACUCUCAACACGGCCAAACCUGCGAGGCCACUAGUGUCAGCCAGGUACAAUCUCUCAACAGUUCUCACCGACUCGGCGUUCAUUGGCUUCUCUGCAGCGACCGGCGGAACGCUGAAAUCGCGACACUAUGUUCUCGGCUGGAGCUUCAGCUUGAACCGUCCUGCUCCGGCCAUUGACAUCAGCAAGCUACCAAAGCUACCUCGUGUUGUCUCCAAGGAUAGGUCAAGAAUCUUGGAGAUUGUCUUGCCAGUAGCAACUGCAGCCUUCCUCCUUAUCAUCGGCAUGGCCAUUUUCCUUCUGGUGAGGAGACAUCGCAAGUUUGCUGAGCUGCAUGAAGAUUGGGAGGUUGAGUUUGGUCCGCACAGGUUCUCAUACAAGGAUUUGUUCCAUGCCACGGAAAGCUUCAAGAACAACAACCUUCUCGGCAUUGGAGGGUUUGGAAGGGUGUACAAGGGGUUGCUCCCAAUGUCUAAAUCAGAAAUCGCGGUUAAACGGGUGUCACAUGACUCAAUGCAGGGCAUGAAGGAGUUCAUCGCGGAGGUUGUGAGCCUUGGUCGCCUCCAACACCGCAACCUCGUGCAGUUGCUUGGGUAUUGUCGGCGCAAAGGCGAACUUCUCUUGGUAUACGAUUACAUGUCAAAUGGAAGCCUUGACAAGUAUUUGCAUGCUCAAGACGGGCAGCGCACUUUAGAUUGGGUUAAGAGGAUCCAAAUCAUCAAAGGUGUUGCAUCAGGCUUACUGUACCUCCAUGAAGAAUGGGAGAAAGUGGUCAUCCAUCGAGAUAUUAAGGCGAGUAAUGUCCUCCUUGAUAAUGAGAUGAAUGCACGACUAGGAGACUUUGGCCUUGCAAGACUCUAUGACCAUGGAUCUGACCCAAAAACAACCCACGUGGUUGGCACUAUAGGUUACAUAGCUCCAGAGCUAGGACGCACCGGUAAGGCAUCCCCUCUGACAGACAUAUUUGCCUUUGGCAUAUUCAUUCUUGAGGUCACAUGUGGACAGAGGCCUAUCAAGCAACUCAGACAAGAUACCGAUGUCUUAUUGGUCGACUGGGUGCUUCAUCACUGGCAGAACGGAUCACUCACCGAUACAGUAGAUGUUAGGCUUGAAGGAUACUUUGACAAUGACGAAGCAUCCUUGGUGCUAAAGCUAGGACUAUUAUGUGCACAUCCAUUCAUUAAUGCAAGACCCACCAUGCGACAAGUCAUACAGUACCUUGAUCGCGACAUGGCAUUACCAGAGUUUAUGCCAACCUACCAAAUAUCCAACAUGAUGGUCCCAGAGCUAAGAGAGGGAUUUGAUCAGUACAAUACGUCAAGCCAAAAAUCAAAGGCAAGCAAUGGGAGCAUAUCUAGCCUCUCAGGGGGAAGAUAAUAUAUGGUCUCUAAUGUUCUUAAGAGUACUAGCUUGUAGGAAUAUUGAGAGUACACCAAAGCAUAAUAAACUGUACAAAAUAUAGAAUAGG